AAGGGGGCUCACAAUGACACCCAGGACAUUCAACCCCCAAAGCAGCAGCCAAUGAUAUAUAUCUGUGGAGAAUGUCAUGCAGAAAAUGAAAUAAAAUCCAGGGAUCCAAUCAGAUGCAGAGAAUGUGUAUACAGAAUAAUAUUCAAGAAAAUGACUGAAAGAUUGGUGGGUUUUGAUGCUCAGUGAAACCUGGGAAUUCAGAAGAAUGUCUUCACUUACACCUGAAUUUCCCUCUUAAUGUUUCUCAUUGUUGUAUAGCUUUCGGUUUUGCAUACAGUAGUUCCCCCUUAUCCUCGGGGGAUACAUUUCAAGAACCCCAGUGGACGCCUGAAACCUCAGUACCAAACCCUUUAUACACUGUUUUUCCUGUAUAUACUUAACUAUGAUAAAGUUUAAUUUUUAAAUUAGGCAGAAUAAGAGAUUAAUAACAAUAACAAAAUAGAACAAUGUUAACAAUAUACUAUAAUAAAAGUUAUGUGAAUGUGGUUGGUCUCUCUUGCUCUCAAAAUAUCUUACACAGGCCGGGUGUGGUGGCUCACACCUGUAAUCCCAGCAUUUUGGGAGGCCAAGGUGGGUGGAUCACCAGAGGUCAGGAGUUUGAGACCAGCCUGGCCAACAUAGUGAAACCCCAUCUCUACUAAAAAUACAAAAAUUAGCUGGGCAUGGUGGCGCAUGCCUGUAAUCCCAGAUACUUGGGAGGCUGAGGCAAGAGAAUCGCUUGAACCCAGGAGGUGGAGGUUUCAGUGGGCCGAGAUCACGCCACUGCACUCCAGCCUGGGCGACAGAGCGAGACUCCCAAGCACUUUGGAAGGCUGAGGCAGGCAGAUCACUUGAGGUCAGGAGUUAGAGACCAGCCUGGCCAACGUAGUGAAACCCUGUCUCUACUAAAAAUACAAAAAUUAGCCAGGCGUGGUGGCGGGUGCCUGUAAUCCCAGCUACUCGGGAGGAUGUGGCAUGAGAAUCGCCUGAACCCAGGAGGUGGAGGUUGCAGUGAGCCAAGAUAGCAUGACUGCACUUUAGCCUGGGCAACACAGCAAGACUCUGUCUCAAAAAAAAAAAAAAAAAAGGAAUGCUGCAGACUGAAAGAUAAUAUCCACGAAAUACAGAUCUGGUAUAGAACUUGCAUCCAGAAUAUGGGAUGAAUUUUUACAACCCAAUAAUACGCUUUGCCAGAGGAGAUAAAUGGAUGACAAAUAAGUACAUGAAAAUAUGCUCACAUUAUUGUUAGGAAAAUUCACAUUGUAUAAAUUAAAGUCUUAGUAUAAAAUAGUUCUACAAUAACAUGAAAACAUAUAACCUGAUUUUUAAAUUAUUAUUAUUUUGAGUUUUUGGCUAAAGGAGCAGAGGAAAUGGAGACAGUCAUCCUGUAGAUGUCAUGAGGUGAGCUGGGAUUAA